GCGGCCCGAGUCGAGUCGGACCUCGUUCGUCUGGUCUCCUUUAGAUUUGUGAUGAUUGUGCGCCGACUUUGGCGAAUGCCGCGCGCGUACGCACGUUUCUGCUUACUGUUGAACAGUCUUUUGUAUUUUUAUUUUUUCUUGUUUUGAUCUUUUUUUUUAAGAGAUCAAUUCUUACAUAUUGUAAUAAAUCAUGAUACCGAUAUAUGUGUCCGAUUGGAAAAAUGUCUUUCGUGUUGUACUUGUCGUUACGGCAAUCUUGUUGUGACUGACCGUAAAGCGUUGAUAUCCAUGGCCGGACGCCAAUGUCCCGUGUUUAGGCAUGUAACUGGGACAAGCUGGAAGUAACUUGGAGGUACGUGUGUGCGCUGUCUUGCAAUAUGUGCAAGAAUGUAAAGUACCACGUUGUAAAUCUUUAUAAGUAUCGAUGUCCGUGGCGAACUUGUGGAAUUACUUGGACGAUUUUAUGUCAGACUGACGACAGGCAAAUUCUCACAGUAUACAAUGAAGAAUAGGAGAACACGCUAAGGUGAAGUGCUCGAAAUUAUUAAAGACUGAAAGAUAAUGAAUACGUGGAUAAAUUUCAGUGUAACAAAAAGAUUGUGCUGAUGCCUAAAUUUUUAUGGUAAAGAAUUUUUUAAAUAUUAGCGUGAGAUGUGCUUUAAUCUGUGAAUAUUUUGGCGCACAGACAUAUAGCGUACGACGAUGCAAUAUAAUUGAUCUUAAAUAAAUAAUUCAUCCCUUUAAUUAUUAUUGUAGAUCGAUAAUGAGAAAUCGUACGACCUUCAGAGUACGUAAUUACAAUUUGUAUUACUUUAAUCAGAGGUCAAAUGAUGUUUAAUUAAUAAUAUUUAAAUUGUCAAUACGAUAACCACACAGCGAUAUCGAUCCUCGGGUGUCCUUUGGGAUGAAAUUUCGUGGAAGAAGGUGUAUUAAAAUUGUCGAUAAAUCCGUUAUCAAACUUUCCUUUUGUUCGUUAAUAAACACACUGCGGUUCUUAAACCAAUGAAAACGGAAGAAAGAAAUGUGAAAUACCAAAGGUUUUAGCAAAUACACGACGUGAAUUAAACGACUAUAAAAUUGAAUGAAUCGAUAAAUACAGAUUCGCGUUCAAUAAAAUGUCCUGCUUUAUCAGUUAUAAACAUUGCAUAUGUAUAAAUCGAUUACCAUAAUAUGAAAAAUUAUGAACACUUGUUCAAAUAAAUAUGUAAUACGACCGUUCUAAAAAUUUUCAUCCAAGUACAUUCUGUGGCUUGAAGUGAGAAAUCCUACAAAAUACCUUAUAAAAAAAUGUAAUAUAUAUUAAUAUCGGAAAUUUUCUCUCACAAAUGUAAAAACGAAAGAGACGAAGCUUAUGGACCAUUUGAAAUGUCGUUGCGGUGAAUCAGCGUAGUUCAAAGAAAAUAAAUAUCCAGUUUCUACUGAGCUCCUAUGUGCCACUAAAGCGCAUCACCGGGAUUCGGAGUGGCGGCGCAGGAGGGCGCCUGGCAGCGCCGCGGAUGUCACUGUUGGGGCGUCCGAUGAACUAUCGGGCGACGCGUCGCGAUGCCCGCUACCGUCGACUCCAGGCCCGCGUCUACAACUUCCUCGAGCGGCCUCGCGGCGCCUACGCCGUCACCUACCAUAUGAUCGUAUUCUGCAUGGUAUUCAUGUGCCUGGUGCUUUCGGUAUUCAGCACGAUAGAGGAAUACGAAAAAGAAGCUGGAGUUUUACUCUUCUACAUGGAAAUGGUGGUCGUCGUGUGGUUCACUUUGGAAUUUUGCUUGAGACUAUGGUCAUCAGGAUGUCGUUCCCGGUAUCAGACAGCGAUUGGACGAUUAAAGUUCCUACGUCGACCAUUCUGUAUAAUCGACGUAAUCACAAUCCUGGCGAGCUUGGUCGUUCUCGGGAUGAGAAGCAGCGGCCAAGUCUUUGCGGCAAGCGCCCUUCGGGGACUGCGCUUCUUCCAAAUUCUGAGAAUGGUACGAAUGGAUCGACGUGGUGGUACCUGGAAACUUCUUGGAAGCGUGGUUUACGCCCAUAGGCAGGAACUUAUUACCACGCUCUACAUUGGUUUCUUGGGUCUCAUAUUUGCCAGCUUCCUGGUUUACCUCGCCGAGAAAGACGACGAACACUUCAACAACUUCGCCAAGGCGCUCUGGUGGGGAGUGAUUACUCUCUGUACAGUUGGCUAUGGCGAUGCUGUGCCAAAAACAUGGCAAGGAAAAGUUAUUGCAUCAUUUUGUGCCCUUCUUGGAAUAUCAUUCUUUGCCUUACCCGCCGGAAUACUAGGCUCUGGUUUUGCCUUAAAAGUACAACAACAACAAAGGCAAAAGCAUAUGAUCCGUAGAAGACAACCUGCAGCUAGUCUGAUACAAGCGUUAUGGCGAUGUUAUGCUGCGGAUGAACACAGCGUGAGCGUUGCCACUUGGAAAAUUCAUCAAAUUCCACUUCCAAGUCCGCCGAGUGGAAAGGACGAGGGCGGAGGUGGCGUUCGUCAAGUUCUGCCUGCCGCCGCCAUCCGCGUCUCUUCCAGCUUUAAGCACAACGCGUCCUUCGUCAGUCGACUGCCGACUAUUAGACGACACAAAAGUACUUCGCUUCACAGUCCAAGCCUGCACAAGUCUGGGCAUCAGACCCACUCGGCCCAUCAACCUCAUCGUCGGGACAAUGCACCUAGAGGAUUUGCGGACAUGAACGCGUCUGCUGAAAAUCUGGGGGGCACAGGGCAUAAUAAUAAUAAUGGUGCCGGUGGAAGACAACUAAACGCCAGCCACUCAGAGGAUUCUGUUACGGAAACAGCACUUUCCAAGAAAAAUUCAGACGGAUGUGGUGGUGGCGGCGAAGCAAACGGCGGAGGAAAAUGUCGACUGGGCAAAUCGUCGUCGACUUUGGAGCUUCGUGAACUUCGAUUGGAUGGAUUGAUCGGUCGCCUUGGCGAGACAUCUUCAACCUUGCCAUUGGCCCUCGCAGGCCUGAUGCCUCCACCACAUGCUAUUUCCACGCUACCUCUACUGCCCACGCUUACCAGCAUUCUACCAAUCUCGCCUGGAUCCCCGACAGUUUCUCCAACCUCAGACAAAUAUGAGGACGAAGAACCUCGAUGCGUCCAAUUGACUAAUCAACACAAAGGAGCAAUUAGAGCCAUACGAAAGAUGAAGUAUUUCGUCGCGAGGCGCAAGUUCAAGGAGGCGCUGAAGCCGUAUGACGUUAAGGACGUGAUCGAGCAGUACAGCGCCGGCCAUGUCGACCUCCUCGGCCGUGUGAAAAAUGUUCAAACUAGGCUAGACCAAAUUUUAGGUAAGCAAGGAUCGAAGGCGAGGGAUGUCUAUGCGUCUAAGAUCAGUCUUGCUUCGAGAGUCGUCAAAGUCGAGAGACAGGUUGACGAUAUCGAGGUCAAAUUGGAUCAAUUAAUCGAGCUCUACAUGGAGGACCGAAAACGAAUCCUCACGUUACCACUUCCGGCUCCGGAUACAGAAGCGAACCAAACAUUUGGGGGAUCUGUACCCUCGCCAGGAACACCCGGGACGCCAGGAACACCUGGAACCCCAGGUGGAGGUGUCAGUGGUGUCCUUAAACCAAUUCUAGUGGACAAGCAACACUCAGAACCAAGUUCACCAACUACAAGGUCAUUUCCAUCAGAGCAACAAAAACCUCGACAAAUGCACCGUGGACAUUCAGACCUUGGAAGUCGUGUCAAAAAAAGGGUCACAUUGAGUUCAAUACCGUCUCAUUUGAUGCAUCCAGCUGAACCAACGACAUCAGGAUCCACCGCCCUGACAACCUACUCAUCCCCAAUGACAACAACUAGGGAUGGUGAAGUCGUGAUAGUAGUUCCCUCGCUUCCGGAUCCAGACACAGAACACGAAGAUUCCACACUGCAAAGUUCAGAACCAGUUCACAGUCCCAAGGAAUCCACGGUUAUGGUGGAAAGCGAACUGGAUUAUUCUGAAGAGGAUGAAGACGAGAUUGGAGACGAUGAAGAGGAAGAAGAAGAAGAUGAUGAUGAAGAAGAAACGUUCUGCGAGAAUACAGCACUCCUGGGUGCCGCUAGGACACAAAUUAUCGUAACCCCUAGCCUCAGUCCAGGUCAAAGUGCCAUCGACGUGUCCUUGGUUGGACAGUCUACUCAUCCUACAGACUUGGAUCUUCUUGCGCCUCAUUCCAUGUCGCAGUCCUACAGCUCGUCCUCGUAGUACCCUGUUCAACUUUCAAAUGUCGUGGAGGCCAGAAAUAAAUAUCCUGGUACAGAUGAACAUGCUCAUAAAUGUCUGGAUGGAUUUCGAGGUUUUCUGCUGGUCUCUCGGAGAGAUUCCCAUGAUUAAUGGGGAUGAAUUAAUCGAUUUUAGAAUAGUUUAUGUAAUUUAAUGGACUCAAAGCAUGCGCAAUUGUAAAUCAUCCGUGUUGUCGAAUUUUCACUUUUCGUGGAAUACAUUGAACUUCUGAAUUUAAUUGAAAUUCCUUCCAUACCGUUAUUAUUUUGACGAUUCUCUAAAAGCAUAUACGAAUAUGCAGGAUGGUAUUCAAAUCGAUUAUCAGUGUUAUAAUUAGAUGAGAACUGUGAUGGGGUUUAAGCUAUUUUGUUUAAUGAAUAUUUGGUAAGAAUUAUAUGAAUAAAUUAGUGAGAUUGUGUUCAAACGAAUCAGAUUAGAUCAAUUAUUUUUUUAACGAUUCUAACAACGAAUAAUAUACACGGUAACUUAAUUUCUCCCAUUAUCGAUUACGGUUAUCGGAGGUAGUUAUUCUGUUUUGAAAACUUAAAAGAAUGAUAUACGAUGACAAAAUAUUCUUUAUUGUUUAAGUUACAUUGGGAAUGCGCAUCAAGACACCCGGUAAUUCUGAAAAUUUAUAAAAAUAUCAUAAAAUAUAUUAGAUAAAGUAAAUCGAACUGUCCCGGAGGACUUCCGUAUUUGCACGAUUACAUAAAGUUGCACAGAACUUUUCAAAUUUUACUAGCAUAGGCCUUUAAGCCUCAUCUAUUUAUAUUACUCACAACGCACGAAAUUUUACAUAAAACUAUUAAAAAAUAGCAAGAAACGCGAGAACAUUAUAAAUACAUAAAUGCUAUAGGUACAUUUAAACGAAACACACAUUAGAUCCUUUAGUGCGGUUGGCUUUAGGAUUGUAAGUUAAGAUCGAAAACAGAAAAUUACUAUCAACAAAAAGGAACCUAAAGGGUAAUGAAUUGUUACAAAAAUUAAGUUAAUUAAAAAAUUGUCCUCGGCCAAGGUGCCACGCGCGAUAACUUCGCAAUUCUGUAAAUAUGCAGACGAGAUUCGAGAUCCGAUUCUGUAAAUAGGUAUGCGAGUUUUUAAUCUAAACGAACAAAAAUCUAAGAAGAUAAGGGCCAAAAGCUUAUUAUGGAAAUAAGAAACACAGAGAAUUAAGGAAAUAUAAAAAGAAUUCAUAAUGUAAAAUCAAGCGAUUCGAGAUAAGGUCCUGACUAAUGAUGUAUUAGAUAGAACGAUAGAGACUAGAAAGAAAAUUUAUAAAUUUAAAAGAGUCGAUCGAUCCAAUUAAAUAGUAUUAAUGACCUUCGAUGAAAAACACGUGAGAAGUCUACAUACAAUAAAAAGAUUACUUAGGGCACAAGAAAGACGCUUAUAUUACAUUUGUACGACGUUACGAAUACAUUAUACACUUAUACACAAUGCGUAUUAUAUUCGUACGUUAUAAAACGUACGUAAUGCCACACGGUAGCGGAUAUAAUAGGAAUCGCGAUUGAACGAAUAUGAUACGUAGAUUAAGCAAUUUUACGAAUUGCUCCAUUCCUAAUCCAAAUGAUUAGUUUUCACGCACUAACUUUAGCUUCCACUUGCAUCGAACCCAUCCGUUUUAUUGAAAAUUUUGCAUUUUUUUUUCUUUUUUUCGCACUGCCAGUGUUGUUAUCUCUUCUCAUUGCUUGUCCAGAGUCUUAAUGGAAUAAAAAUGUGUUCCAUUUUUCAUCAGCGUAAUUAUAACUAUGUUUAUGCAAUGAAUACUCUUUAAAAAUAAGGUGCAACUGAAGACAUCAUUAAAAGAAAUUUGUAUGAGAUUUCGUUUUAAUUUAUAUUUUUCUUAUCAUUUCAUCGAUUAUGAAUGAUAAUCCUGCUAAUACAGCUACACCUUAGUAAUUUAUAUACAUGAAUAUGUACGACCUUCUUAUGAAUAUUUUUCUCUAAGUUACACUUCAACAAACGCUCACUAAGUUAUAGCUGUAUAAGCCUACACGAUGCUUAUGAUAGAAUCAUGUCAGUUUUAUUAUCUGAUUUGGAAGAAACACUUGCCAUCUUUUCAAUUUGCAUUUAUAUUUACGCUCGGUUACUUCUUCUCUUCUAUUCGUAAUAUUUCAUUAUUUCCGGGGGGCUGUUACAGUCCUUUUUUUAUUUUCAACUUUUCUGUCCUAGGUUAUACUGUACUAUUCAAUUUUAUCGCUGAAGCAGAACGAAUAUUCAUUGGUCGUUGCACAAUCCUAAUAAAUUUUAUCGAUGAUCGCAUCAUACAAUCAACAAGGUUUACCACGCAUAAACCGGGAAAUAUCGAAGGAUGAAGUUUUUUUUAGGUCACUCGAUACAUUGCGAUAUUGGUAUAGAGGGGGAAAAAAGAGGAAAGAUUAUAGAUAUUUUCCGAAAUUUUAACUUGAUAGGUUACGACAGUUAGGAAAUAGUAAAAGAAGCCUAAUUUUCUAUUGUCGAAAAGGAAUCUUAUCUCUCGAACGUUUCUCGCGAGGCCAUUUUCAGUAUAGCAGCACACGAGUUAAACAUAAGCGUAAUUUUAUCCAAUACUCGGAAUAAUGAUAGUGAUCAUUAGAGUGAUCAAUCGACUUUAGGAAAAUAGCGGAUUAUCAGCUACAGAGCCCUUGCGAAAGAACGUUUAUAAUAGAAAGACUCGACAUAAAUGGCUGAAUGAUUGUACAAGAAUAAACAGCGCGGCAGAAACUUGUGUAUCACUUGGAAACUGUGUAUUUUUUUGUAAUUGGACAAAACACAGCCAACGUAUCCGUUACAUUCAUGGAGAAUAUAAUGUACUAGACACAGUUUAGGAAUAAUAUUAUCAAAUUCUU